CAGUUGUAAGUCUGGCGUGUGUCACGUCAACUCUUUUCUCAUGUGCUCGCGUCCUUUUGCUGGUUUUCACGAACGAGUCCAGCCAACAGCCAACUAGCCCAGCAAGCAACCCUACGAAGCAUUACGUAUUUGCGAGAACAGCUGACGAGUUCCCUGAAGCUGCUUUGACAAAAGUGCUGAAUUGCUUUGGAACUACAGAAGCAGACGCGAAAAAGCACGACGAUGCCCUUGAUGCACUACGGGAAAACGCCUUUGCUGCUAUCCUGCCGUCAGCCGACAAGAGCAAGCUGGCUGAACAAGCAUGCAUAACCUUGAUGGCACCGUACGAUCCUACGAGCGACAUCACCAAGAAGAAAGCACUGGUUACCUCUUGCAUUCGAAGGAAAGUUGAAGCGGUUGGCAUCGACUCGCCAAAAUUGGACAUGAAAGCCACACAAGCAAGGUGCAUCCAAAAUGCUUUCCCGGAUGUGGACGAGGAUGCUGCGAAGAAGAGCUACGCCGAACUCAUUGCAAAGUCCGGGGAGUUGGAAGCUGAGGCAUUGCGGGUUAGCCACGAGCUGGAAGCUGUAAUGCGCUUCACCAUGGACGAAGGGCCCACUAAAGAGGUGAACAAGGCAGCACGGAAAGAAUGUUUGAAAACACUAGGCCUUGAAAUAGAAGUUGGAGAUUAUUUGUCCUAUGUAACAGAGCACUUCAAGAAAGGGAACCUGGACGAAAAAAAGAAGAUCGAUGCGUGCACGUACAAGACGUCGAUUAUUGGAAAGUGGAUACGAGAGAGACAAAUGCUAAUACGAGAGUGCGCAUUAGAGGCACAGAAGAAGCUACCAGAAAACCUACAGAGUGACCUAAAAGUACUCUAUGCUCUCCAACUCAACACAACGGCUCUGGAAACGUCUCUUUCAUGCUCUGAGCGCGAAGAAUCUACCAUAAUAGAUGGCCCAACGGGUCCCAGCGGUGUGAUGGAUGUGUAUUGCACAGUUCACGGAAAAGCGCCGAAAGAAUGUCAACAUUGUGCGAGUCAAGUGUACACUACUGUGGACGCCGCUACGGUUGAGAAAGAAGUGGACAGCUGCUACAUCAAAAAAGAGGCGGUGAAUCCCUUGUACAAGGAGUACAUCGCCUACAUGAAGAAGGUUGUCAAGAGGAAACGUGCAAUCCGCGUUUGCUUGGUUAAAGCAGCUGGUGUUACGGACGUCAGCCGCUUCAAAGCAGAUGUGAUGAAGACAGAGGCCCCUGAUGUUUCAACGAAACAGGCAACUUAGAAACGUUAACGGCAUCACGCAUAUAAACGUUCCAUUCGGGAUACGCCGCUCGCAGAAAGUAUCAUAUAUCACUUCCUUUGUAGUAAUAGAGCGUGGUCUUCCCAUCACAAUUUCCUAAUGUGUCCCUUCCUUAUUCCUUUGUAAACGGAAGGACCGUAUAAUCGGAACCCGCUAAAUAAAUGCAGCGUGAGACGAAGCCACUGCACUUAUCGUCCGCCAACCAAUAUGCUACACACAAAAGACCACGAGAAGAUAGACGAUAUUCAGUGUCUUUUAUUUCGCCUCACAUUUUAAUGUACAGAUUAUCACGACACGUUUUGAUGCGCGUUGAAUGUGGGGACGAUAGCAGCCGCGCUAAAAGAGGUGCCUCAGAAAUGUCAAGGCGUUGGUUAUGAGAUGUCGGUGUAUGGUGUGUUAGCAGACCACUGAUAACGUGGCUUUCGAAGUACAAUUUCUGCCGCACCCAAUCAACGGAUAAGAUCCGACACGUUCCUUUAUCGUAUCGUUUCCAUAGAGUGCUUACAAUAUCUAUUAAAACUCAG